UCCAUACAUGAAUACUGGAAACACCAUAUGUCUGACUACUUUGUCGGCAAAGUGAUGUCUCGGCUUUUUAAUAUGCUGCCUAGGUUUGUCACAGAUGGGGGACAUAAAAGGGAGGGCCGAUGUCCCAUGCACAGGAUAAUGUGCAAAGUCAGCCAAUAGGGAUGCAGGACAGAGGAAAGGCCCCUGGGGAAGUUGCAACAGCCAGAGCCCAUCAGGUAGAGAGCAGUUGGAGGCUGUCCAGAAAGGGGCGGGAUCACUUCUGUGGUUCAGGAGGAUGACCAUCACUGACCUUCAUGAUGUUCCAUGUGGGAUGUGUCCCUUCACAGCUUGUCCCCCUGUCCCUCCUCCACAGAUCUCUGCUGAUAAGAAGACCCUAGGGACGUUCUGUGGGCAGCUGGGCUCUCCCCUGGGCAACCUCCCUGGAAGGAUGGAAUUCAUGUCCCAAGGAAACAAGAUACUGCUGACCUUCCAUACAGACUUCUCCAACAAGGAGAACGGCAGUGACAUAUUCUACAAGGGCUUCCAGGCCCACUACCAAGCCAUGGUCAAGGACUGCGGGCAGCCCCGAAGCCUGCUCAACAGGGCCUUCAAUUACACCACCAGAGAGGGGGUGAACACCUACAAGGCACGUAUCCAGUACUGCUGCCAUGAGCCCUUCUACAAGAUGCACACCAACGAGGGCACAAGCGAGUCUGAGCGAGGGCUGUACACCUGCACGGCUCAGGGCAUUUGGAAGAACGAGUUGGUAGGAGAGAAGAUGCCUCGGUGUUUGCCAGUGUGCGGGGAGCGAAUCCACCCUGUCGAGCAGAGGCAGCGCAUCAUUGGAGGCCAGAAGGCCAAGCUGGGCAACUUCCCCUGGCAGGCCUACACCAACACCCACGGGCCCAGGGAUGGCACGCUGCUGGGGGACCGCUGGAUCCUCACGGCCGCGCACACCAUCAACCCCAAGGACCACGAGGCACAGGGCAGCCCCAGCUUAGACGUGUUCCUGGGCCACGUCAUUGUGGAAGAUAUCACCAAGCUGUCCAACCACCCGGUCCGUAGGGUCAUAAUCGACCCAGACUACCACCAGGAAGAGUCCCACAAUUUCGAGGGGGACAUCGCCCUCCUGGAGCUGGAAAAUAGCAUCACCCUGGGCCCCAACCUCCUGCCCAUCUGCCUCCUAGACAAUGAGACCCUCUAUGACCUGGGUCUCAUAGGCUAUGUCAGUGGCUUUGGGAUCAUGGAGGAGAGAAUUUCUCACGACCUCGGGUUUGUCCAUCUGCCAGUAGCUAAGCGAGAGAUUUGCGAGUGCUGGCUCUGGCAAAAAAAAAAAAAAAAAAAAAACAGGAAUGAUGUGUUUUCUGAAAACAUUUUCUGUGCUGGGAGCCCAACCUUAAAGCACGAUGUCUGCCAUGGGGAUGCCGGAGGGAUCUUUGCAGUGAGGGAUAAGAAAAAUGACUGCUGGGUGGCCACGGGCAUCGUGUCCUGGGGCAUCAGGUGUGGUGAAGGGUACGGGUUCUACACCAAUCUCCUCAACUACGUGGACUGGAUCAAGAAAGAGAUGGAAGUGUAAGACUGAGCUCAGGAUUGCCUAGGUCAGAAUCCAGAGAGCAGUGACCCGUUGUUGAUAACUGCUAAGAAUCCAUAUUAAAAUCAUUAA